AUGGGUCCUCGUCGGGCGACGCCCCCUCAACGUGCACCCAGCUCCAAAGUGUCGACUCCCUCGGAGCCGCCAACGCCCAAGAAAGAGGUCUUCAAUGGUCUCUUUGGAGGUUUGGAUCUCACUUUUGACGGCGGCCCAAAGUUUGGACCUGAUGGAGAACCUCUUGAGCACAAUGCGACGGGCCUGGAGCACACCUUUGGUCAGCCCAACGCCGAAGUCGGAGACAUGGAGCAUACCUUCGGGAAACGAGAAAAGGUGGAGUUAAAGACUACGGCCUGGUACCACGCGGACAGUGGACGGCAGCAAUUGGAAUAUGCUGCGCAACGUGACUUGCAGGCCAUUUGUGAAACGGUGGAAGAGAUGAAAGCUCGUGGACGAUGUCUCACAGGCAAAUUCACCAACGACCCAGAGAUUAUCCCGGACCGGAAGUUCCCAGAAGUUCUUCCAUUCCCACCAGAGAUGGCGCAACUGAUGCUGCGUCGCCAGCUGGAUGAGGACGUAGAGGACGAGGAUUUGGAAGAGCCGACAUUCCCAGGAUACACGGCAUGGCAUCGACUCUCCGAGUUUCAACCCUUGGCAGGCGGCACGGCGCGUGUCUUUCAGGAGGGCAAUUUGUCGCAUUUGGGUCGUGUUUUUCCUGGACAUUUGGAGAACAUGUAUCUGGUGGAAGCUUUGAACGCCGUGUCUCUUCGCCCCAAAUUAGCACGGCAACUAUUCCUUUGCUUUGAUCAGGAGCGCGCAGUGUACAUCUUAUCCCUCUUCAAGAACGGCAUCUGGAUGAAAGUGGAAGUCGAUGACUAUGUGCCAGUUGUGGGAGGGGAACCACUUUGCUGCCGUUCAGAGAAGUUUCCACAUGUCCUUUGGCCUUCUCUGGUGGAGAAGGCAUAUGCCAAGGUGUCAACGCUGCGGGAUCCAUUGCGCCUUGAGGAGAACAGUGGCGGCUGGCUGGCCGUGGGAGGCGGCGGUUGUGCAGAGGAUGCCUUGGUGGACUUGACGGGCGGCGUUGCGGGGCGCUUCUACACGGCGGAUGUGUCCCCUGACCGGCUCUUCCUGUACAUCUACACCCUGCAAAGUGACACCCUCUUCGUGUGUCAUGUCAAUGACGCGAAAUGCGCCCGAACGGGAGUCUCCUUGAACCCGUGUGCAUCUCAUGUCAUCAAUCGCGCAGCAACCUUCGAUGGACGUUGCUUCGUGCAGAUCUUCAGCGCCGACGUGAGCGGAGUGCACGACGGGGGCCUGUCAGAUGCGGUGCCAUUGGAGCUCUGGCGCGACUAUCCAGAGAAGGGCUGGGAGGGUUUCUUUUGGCUGACCAUCGAAGAUUUCCACGCCUACUUCGAGACCAUUAUCGAGUGUCGCUUGACCAGCAGCCCUGAUGUCAGCAUCCAAGGAAUGCCUGGGCGCUUGCCGAAAGGGCUGCCGUAUAUGGAGACCCUCUUCGCGAAUCCUGGGCGCGUCAUUGCGCAAUAUCCUCCCGAGAUCACAGUGACCACUCGUGGGCCCUGCGAGGUGAUCGUUGCCACCAUGCAAAUGGAUUCUCGGAUUACUCAGGUUGGUUCUGAGAGACAGCCCUACAUCCCUCUCAUCAUGAAGGUCUAUGAGAGCCUCGGCAACAACAUGUACAGCGCUCACAUGGUCUGUCGCUCCAAUUGGAUCCCCACGCGCGAUGCCAUGGUGGCCUUCCAGACCGCAGCUGGAGGUGUGUUCAAGGUCAUUGUGGAAAUGCCCGAGCACAGUGGAUGUGAUCGCCUGGUGAUAAGGUGCUAUUCCACCAGCCCAGCUGACUUCAUGGUGAACCCGGCCAUGGCCAAACACGUCCUGGCACUGCCACAGGCACCUCCCGUUGCCUCGCGCCUGUCGCUUGUGGGGACCGUGGAUCCUGCUAGACUCUUGCGCGACGACGUCCCUGAGCCCAUGAGUGAUGACUUGGACACCAUCAGGAGGCGUCACAAUGCUGUCCAUCGAUCCUGCGUGAUGAUGUGA